AUGCGCUGGCACGUUGCCGUUGGCGUCGGCGGCCUGCUCGUCAUCUCGCUGCUCUCGUGCCAACGGCUCGACUCGCUUCUCUAUACGAUCCAGGACAAGGCGGUGCACCAUGCAUCGGCCGCCGCGCACUAUGCGCGGUACCAGCUCUAUCCCUCGCUCGAGCAAGUGCUGCCGUACGCCGGAAGCUUCCUCUUUCCGACUGUCGUCGCACGGCACGGCGCGAGCUACUCGUGCAUCAAGUUUCAGUACACGGGCACGGGCGGCUGUCCAAGCCAAAUCAACGACAUUGUGAGCUACGUUUACACGCCCAACAAGACGGAAGCCUGCGACACGGUGAUCCACACGGGCAUCUACGGCGUUCCUGGCUACUGCGAGCUGCGCGACGACGUGACCCAUGAAACGAUCCGAACCUUGUACACGAGCUGUGGAUCGCUCACGGGCCGGCAGUUUACAUGCGCGCUCGCCGCCCAGUACGCAUCGUACGGCCACGACGCCUCGACGUUCAUCUACGCCCUCAACACGAGUUUUUUAGCCCCCCGCGGCAUUGUGUUUUCUGUGCACCCGAGCGCGCUGGCGUCGGCAUAUGCCAGCAUCGCGCACCUCCGAGCGACCAACUGCUCGCUGCCGAUUGAAGUGUGGCACCGACCGGACGAGCUUCCGGCUGAAAAUGCCAUUUUGCAAGCGCUGGAAACCACGUUUCGUGUGCAUGUCCGUCCGAUCUUUCAUCCGUUGGCGACGCGCUUUUACUCCAAGAUCUAUGCGGUGCUCCACAGUGCCUUUGAAAGCGUUUUGCUACUGGAUUGUGACAACUUUGCGGUCCAGAACCCCACUUACCUCUUCUCGACGCACGCCUUUCAAUCGACGGGCGCGGUUUUCUGGCCCGACUAUUGGCGGCCCGGCCACACGUGCUUCAACAUUGACGGCUACAGCCGGCUCUGGGACCUCCUUGGCAUCAACUUUGUCGAUAUGUUCGAGCAAGAGAGCGGUCAAGUGCUCAUCAACAAGACCAUGUCCGAGCCGGCGCUACACGUGCUCGCCUUCUUUGCGUUGCACGAGCCUAGGUUUCUCACCGACUUUGGCAUGGUCUAUGGCGACAAGGACCUCUUUCGGCUGGCGUGGCUGAAAGCAGCCGUGCCUUUUCACAUGAUUGCUCGCCCCCCGGGCAGCCUCGGCAAGCUGGACCGCGCAGACCAGACUCAUUUUUGUGGCAACAGCAUGGUCCAGCACGACACGAACGGCGACGUCGUCUUCUUGCACCGAAAUACAAUCAAGUUGACGGGCUGUCGUGCCGACGCGUUCGUGUGGGAGGCCCUCCAAGACUUUCGAUUUGGCGAGGUCCAUGUGGCGCGGUACCUCCCCGCGGGCUACGUGCUCCGCGACGCAACCUGCUUUGGUGUCCGCGAACCGUCCGACGAUUUGUAUGCCAUGACAACGAUACGCCAGUCGCAGUUUGCCCAUCUGGAAGGCGCCUUGUACCGGUAUGCCCGCGAAGCGAUGAAGCUCCAGCACCCCAACGGUAGCGUCGAUGGCCCGUUGUUGGUCCUUGUGCAUCACGCGUCGUGGCUCCACGCCGCCGGCGCCGACGAAUACGCGCGCGACUAUGAAGGCAACACGCCGCUGCACCACGCCUGCCACGCAGGCCAUGCGCGGAUUGUCCAGUAUCUCUUGUCGCUGCCCGAGUUUUCGCCCUAUGUCCUCAACGCCAAAGGCGACGCGCCGCUCGAGGUCGCGCGGCGUACGUUUCUGGAGCGGGAAGGCGACAACGACGACUUACGCCUCGUGGCGCUGGCGCGUUGCAUUGAGCUGCUUGAGCAGCGCUGCUCAGUGUACAGUGGUUGGGUCUUUCAGCGCGUUCACACGCUAUUCUCGCAGCUCACAGGUAUCACGGCGCUUCAAACAUGGACGCGACGCUACUGCAUUGUGCUCCGGACCAGCUCGUCCAUGUUUCUGGAAGUCGCGCUGUUUGCCGUGCCCGACGCCGCGCGCCGUCCGCCUGUGCCAAGUACGUCGCUGCUCGUGCAUGUGACGGCGGACGAGCCGUGCAUUCGUCCGACCAACCCAUCGUUUUGGUCCGACUUGAACCCGAAACCGUUUGGGUUUGAACUGCGCGGUGCCCCAAAAGUCGGAUCGAGCCGCACCCAAGCGCUGCGCCACUUUUCAUUUGCGGCGCUGAGCGAAGACGGUGCGGCCAAGUGGCUUCGCUUCUUUGCCCACGACGCGCGGGAGUGCCUCCACGAUGCGCUGGUCUCGCCGACGCGCCAGUUCAAUUCCCACGAGCUCGGACGGGCCAAGGUCUACCCCGAGCCGUCGGCACCGCCGCUGCCCACGGUCGAGACUGCACAACCGGUCGUGUUUACGAAAGCGACGCUGCGCCCGCGACUGCUCGAGUGCGUGGUGUGUUUUGACGGCCCGCAAGCCGCCGUGUGCGUGCCCUGCGGCCACAACGUUCUCUGCAUGACGUGUGCCAUGUCCUUGCUCGAGACGACGCACGUGUGCCCCGUGUGCCGUCUCGAGAUUCGCGAAGUCGUCAAGGUCUAUCGCAACUAA